AUGGCUGACACAGAAAGUGAUCGGUUUCCUCUGCACAAAGCUGCUAGAGAAGGCAGAGAUCCCAAGCUCUCAAAGCGCAAAGACGAUGACGGCAGAUACGCAAUCCACUGGGCAGCCUCGUCCAACAACCACGAGAUUGUCCUCCUCUUGGCAAACCAGGCAAGCUUCGAUCCGGAUAUUCAGGACGACAGCGGCUGGACCCCCCUCAUGAUCUCCGCCAGCGUCCCCAACAGCGAGCCAGUCCUAAACUUACUUCUUUCAAGAGGCGCCGACACGGCCCUCCACUUCGUCGCCUCCAAGAAGAACCUCGACGUCGCCCGUCUUCUCAUCGACUCCAAGCCCCCAGCUUCAACACGCGUCCGCGACCGCCGCGGCCAGUACCCCAUCCAUCGCGCCGCGGCCGUCGGCUCAGUGCCCAUGGUUAUGCUCCUGCUCAAGAACAAGAGCCCCCUGAAUGCUGCUGACAAUGAGGGCUACACGCCGCUCCACCAUGCUGUUGCAGAGGGUCACGGAGACACUGCUGUUGCUCUGCUGAGAGAAGAAGCCGACUUCACACUCAAGACCAGCGACGGAGAGCUGGCCAUUGAUUUAGCUCCGGACAAAGAAGUUCGCAACUUCAUCAUCCAAGGCGCUGAGAGAGAAGGCAUCCAGCUAGUCGAUUAG